CUCUAUAUCUACCUGCAAGAUAGCCGAAUGCUAUGUAUUUCUUCCGACAUUUCACAUGAUCAUGGGUGGAUCAACCCAUUUCUCUGUUUUCUUACUCGUCGCCAUAAUUUUACUCUGUUCUUCCAGCGAAACUGUAAAUGCAACUUGCUAUGCAAGUGAGAAACAAGCUCUUAUGGACUUCAAGAAAGACUUGAAAGAUCCCUAUGGUAGACUCUCGUCUUGGAUUCACGACGUUGAUUGCUGCAAAUGGGAAGGAGUUGUUUGUAGCAACCGAAGUGGCCACGUGAUUCAACUUCAGCUUCAGAGUCCUGUUCGUGAAAUUGAUGAUUUUGGUGAUGAGGAAGAAUCACCAUUAAGCGGUAAAAUCAGUCAUUCGUUACAAAAUUUGACUCACUUGCGUUACCUUGAUCUAAGUCUAAAUGAUUUCAGUGGAAUUCCAAUUCCCAGUUUUUUUGGGUCUCUUAGAAGUCUAAGGUACCUGGAUUUAUCUAAAGCUGGAUUUCAAGGAAUGGUUCCCUAUCAGCUUGGAAACCUGUCAAGUUUACGCACUUUAGGCUUGGAAGCCUAUUAUGUUUCCCAUCUCCAAGCUGAUAACCUGCAAUGGUUGGCUGGUCUCUCGAAUCUGGAACACCUAGACAUGAGUGGCGUGGACCUUAGUCUAGCGUCUAAUUGGCUAGAGGUGAUUAACACGAUCCCUUCGUUGGUAGAGAUACAUUUGUUCUCUUGUCAGCUUGAUUUAAUUUCUUAUUAUGAUGGUGGCAGAGAUACAUUUGUCUCACUCUUCCAUGCCAACUUUUCUUCUCUUACUGUCCUAGAUCUUUCUAGAAAUUAUCUUGGAUUCGUCAUCCCUAGAUGGAUUUUCGGUCUUCCUGCCCUUGCUUCUCUUGAUUUAAGUUGGAACUUCUUUGGAGGUCCAUUGCCCAGAGAUCUUUGGAACUUGACUUCCCUCAGGCACUUGGAUCUUUUUGGAAACUAUCUGAAUGGUUCACUGUCAGAUGAGCUUAGUCAUCUUAACAAUCUCAUUUCUCUCAACCUUGGGCGGAAUUAUUUCGAAGGCUCCUUGGAUGGAAUUUGGAAUUGGAGUUCCCUUACAUCUUUGGAUCUAUCAGAGAAUAACUUCGCUACCUUCCUCCCAAGCCAAUUAUCCACUUUAAGCUCCCUAGUUUCACUUGACCUUAGAGUCAAUCACUUUCGAGGUUCUAUCCCAACCUCUAUUGCCAACAUUUCCAACCUUCAAUAUCUUGAUCUAUUUCAUAACAACCUUAUCUCCUCUUUACCAAGUGAAGUAUUCACGUCGAAGGACUUGAUUACACUUGAUGCAAGUGAUAAUUACUUAAAUGGUCCAAUUCCAAGCACAGUUGGCAACUGUUCCAAUCUAGAAUACCUUUCGCUAAGUAAUAAUGCUCUAUCUGGUUCAAUUCCAUCAAAUUUAGGAAGAUGUACCCAGCUCAAAGAACUUCGGCUAAAUGAUAAUGCUCUAUCUGGUUCAAUUCCAUCAAAUUUAGGAAAACUGUCAUCCUUGAAGUUCUGGGAUAUAUCUUGCAACGAACUCAAUGGAACUCUUCCUGAAAGUCUUGGGCAGCUUUCCAAACUUGAAGAGCUUAUUAUUCACGACAAUUUAAUGGAAGGCAUUGUGAGCGAAAGUCACUUCGACAAUCUGACAGCUUUAACGAAGUUUGAUGCAUCUGGAAACUCUUUGACCUUAAGAGUAAGUGUAAGUUGGACUCCUCGUGUCCAAUUUGAAACACUUGAAUUGAGUUCAUGGAAGCUGGGCCCCCGAUUUCCUACAUGGAUCCGAUCACAAAAAAUCCUUCGGGAUGUGAACUUGUCCUUCGCAGGAAUUUCAGAUACCAUUCCACCUUGGUUAUUCAACUCAUCAUUGCAAUUUGUAGACUUUUCUCACAAUCAACUCCAUGGAGGCAUCUCUCACAUUUUGUGUGAAGUUAAGAAUGAAUAUCAUGAUCUUCGGUAUCUAGAUCUUCAGGAGAAUUCUCUAUCAGGAGAAAUUCCUGACUGUUGGAUGAAUUACCCAAACUUGACUCGCAUCAACCUCAACAGCAAUAACUUCACCGGAAGCAUUCCAAGGUCAUUGUUUCAUUUGGAAGAUCUGGACCAUUUAGGCUUGGGUAAUAACAGUCUCACUGGUCCGAUAACCUUUGACUUUGUAAAUCAUGAAUAAAUAACAGACUUGUGGAGGCAUUUGAUGUUUGAUCCUAUGGGUAAAAAUAAGAUAGACAUCAAAAGUGACUUUCCGUGCUGUUGGCGAUGUAAUUGCUGCAUAUAUAGAAAAUGUUGUAAUUUUUAACCGUAAUGGAUGCACCAGUGUUUUAAAGC